UCCAGGAACAGGCAAUAACAAUUAAUCUAAAUAAAGCAUCGGAACGAUUUUAGGAUUAAAUUUUUUUACAAAAAUUCAACGUGUGUUAUAAAUUGCUAGGCAAUGAGCAGUUGUUGAUCGUACACAAUGACCAGUUGUUGCAAUAAUUCAAAUGGCUUCGACAUGAAGCAUAUAACCACCUACUGGAAAACGUACGUCGUCAUUCUCGUGCCGCUCCUGCUGCUGCCGCUACCGCUCCUCUCACCCACGCCGGAGUCUCGAUGCGGUUACGUGGUGUUGGUGAUGGCGUUCUAUUGGAUGACGGAGGCCCUGCCGCUCGCCGUGACAGCCCUCAUCCCCUUAGUGGGCUUCCCCUUGCUUGGGGUUAUGUCGACAGGCCCGCUAUGUCUGGUCUACAUGAAGGAAACCAAUAUGAUGUUUCUGGGCGGGCUUACGAUGGCCAUAGCAGUGGAGCACAGUCAGCUCCACAUUAGGAUCGCCCUGCUGGUCCUGCUGUAUGUUGGUGAGAGCCCUCGUCGUCUGCUGGCGGGGUUCAUGAUGACGACGAUGUUCUUGUCCAUGUGGAUCUCCAACACCGCGUCCACCGCCAUGAUGCUGCCCAUCGUCGACGCUAUCUUGAAGGAACUCUACUCCAAAAAAAGAGAAGACGAGAUCCCUACAUCGGAGGGAGACCUUGAGAUCAUCAAGAAAAGUUCUCGGUCAUCCAGCUUAUCUUCAACACAGCGACGCUCGUCGGUUUUAGCCCAGACCAACUCGGUUGACGGAACAAAACAAGACAAAGAAGAUAACGAUGAAGAAGAAGAGCUUACGAAGAUGGGUGCUCAGAUGAGGAAAACUUUGCUCCUGGCGGUGGCUUAUUCCGCAAACAUCGGUGGUACGGGCGUCGUGACAGGCACCACACCUAAUCUUAUACUCAUGGCCAACUUGGAAGAAUUCGAUGAAACCGGUCUGACAUUCGCUUCAUGGAUGGGCUACAACAUUCCCGGCAUGAUCAUCUGCGUGGCCAUUGCCUGGAUUUGGCUACAGAUCUUGUUCAUGGGGUGCAGAAAGGGAGCAAUACAAGAAGCAACUCCAGAACAACGCUCUGCCGUGCGCCAGAUACUGAAGAAGAAAUACGCUGCUCUUGGCGACAUUACCUUCCACGAGAGCGUCGUGCUCACGCUCUUUGUGAUACUCAUCUUCAUGUGGCUUUUUAGGUCGCCGGAGUUUGUUCCUGGCUGGGCCCACUGGUUUGUGUUGGCAUUUGGAGAAAUAGAAGUCGAGGAUGCCACUGCCGUGAUGUUUAUUGUCUUGCUCGUCUUCAUAAUUCCGAAGAAGCUCGACUUUUGGUGCUUCAGGGACCCAAAAGACACAUCGCCGGUGGUGUCGUACGAAGGCUGCCUCACAUGGGAGGUCGUACAGCAGAAGCUACCGUGGGGCGUGGUGCUGCUGCUGGGGGGAGGCUUUGCCAUCGCUGAGGCGGCCGACGCCUCUGGUCUGUCCCUAUGGCUGGGAGAUCAGCUGCAGGCCUUGGAGGUGCUGCCCGAGGCUCUCAUCGUCUUCUUGGUCUGCCUCAUGACCGCCAUGGUCACUGAAGUCGCGUCCAACACCGCCACUGCAUCCAUCCUCAUGCCAGUACUCAAAGAAAUGAGUUUGGGCAUCGGCAUCAAUCCCCUGUACCUGAUGCUCCCGGCCACGAUUUGCUGCUCGUACGCCUUCAUGCUACCUGUAGCCACACCGCCCAACGCCAUCAUAUUCACCGCCGCCAAGAUGAAAACUGUUGAAAUGAUGAAGGCGGGGAUCAUGAUGAACGUGAUCUGCGUGGUAGUGCAGACGCUCAUGAUCAACACGUUGGGACAAGCCAUGUUUGGCGUCAGAGAUUUUCCAGACUGGGCCAAUGAGACGGUAACGUCAUCGGCCGCCUUGCAUGCGCUAUAGAACAGGACUGUGAUCUUGACAGUAAUAGAACACUGUGAUCUUGGGAGUAAUAGAGCACUUGAAUAUUCCUCGAAUAAUUUUUAAAUUUUCUAAAAAAAUUGAAAUAUUUCAGGAAGAACAUUCAAAUGGUCUGAAAGAACUUUCAAAUUUAUAUGAUAUAAUAUUGAAGUAAUUCGGGAUCAACAUUGUACGUUUCUCAAAAAUCAUUCAAACGCUUCUGGGAGAAAAUCCAAAUUUUGGUCGGAAAAAACUUUCGAAUGUAACUGGAAGAACAUUAGAAUUUAAUUCAUGUCUUCGACUCCUGCUCUUGUAUUCGUACUUAAAUGACAUUUUGUUUAUUCGUACUUGACGUGCGAGUUAUAAUAAUUUGGCUUUGAAUCGGUCAAUUGAUUAGAAGGCUCCUAAUUUCAUUUCAGUGACAUUUUAAUUAAUCACUGAUUCGGUGGCAAUGCUUAUGGUUACAUCGCAUAUUAUAUAUUGUUAAUAAUGCAGAUUAUAUAAAUAUUAUUGUUCGGAGUA